AAUAAUUGACACGAUCACCAGCCAACUGCGUAGAAUCGCAUUGAAUUUACACCACAGUACUCCACCAGCCGCCCGACAGUUCUAUGCUAGAGGUUAUGUCUAUUUCAACUCGCGGUUUCACUGUGUCCUGAUUUUCUCCCCCCGCUUCCGUGUACUUAUCUCGCUUUUCCUUAAAUAUGCACAGCGCUUUGUGAAAGCCAGACGCCGCUACAAGGUUCCCCGUGGUUGUGGAGGCGAUGCUGGGGGGCGGGCGAAGAGUGUUGCCCCUUUAAGGUGGGAGUCGAAUAAGGCAGCCCUGCUCACUGCCGUGUGAUUGACAGUGGAAUCGUUACCGGGUGCCUCCUUCUGCAGUUCCUCAGCUUCCAUCUCUCUCUCUCUCUUUCUAUUAAGAGCUCAGCAACUUUAAAGAAGGGAUGCAGGCUCGGGCGGACUAAAAUGGCUCUCCAUCGAUGGAUUUAUCCUUUACUCCACUUCAUCCUCGCCAGCAAUGCUGUCCGGAAUUAUCCAGCCAACGAGGUUACCCUGUUGGACUCUAUGUCAGCUCCUGGAGACUUGGGCUGGGUGGCAUAUCCUCCAGAAGGGUGGGAAGAGAUCAGUGUUAUGGACGAGAGAAACACACCAAUGCGAACAUACCAGGUGUGUAAUGUCAUGGAAGCCUAUCAGAACAAUUGGCUGCGGACUAGUUGGAUUCCUCGUGAUGGUGCCCAUCGGAUCUAUAUUGAGAUAAAAUUUACUCUCCGAGACUGCAACAGCCUGCCGGGUGUCCCUGGAACAUGCAAAGAGACCUUCAACAUCUACUACUAUGAAUCCAACAACAACAACUUGUGGUACAUUAAAGAAAGCCAGUAUAUAAAGAUUGACACCAUUGCUGCAGAUGAGAGCUUCACCCAAGUGGAUGUAGGAGACAGGGUGAUGAAAUUAAACACUGAGGUACGGGACAUUGGAUCAGUGACUAAGAAAGGCUUUUACCUGGCCUUUCAGGACGUGGGUGCCUGCAUUGCUUUGGUAUCAGUGCGGGUCUACUACAAGAAGUGUCCAUUAACAAUCCGUAACCUGGCAGAGUUUCCAGAUCGAGUGACUGAAGGAGACUCUUCCUUGGUGGAGGUCCGUGGCUCGUGUGUGAAUAAUUCUGAGGAGUAUGACGUGCCUAAGAUGCACUGUAGUGCUGAUGGUGGAUGGCUGGUCCCUAUUGGAAGAUGCGUCUGUAAACCAGGAUAUGAGGAGAAGAGGGAUAUCUGCCAACCCUGCCGGCCUGGUUUUUACAAGGCUUCCUCCAUGGAUGCAUACUGCAUGAAGUGCCCACCUCAUAGCUACUCGCCUCAAGAGAGCUCAUCCCAAUGUACCUGUGAAAAAAGUUACGACAGAGCAGAUUCGGAUCCCAGGGCAAUGCCGUGUACAAAGCCUCCAACGCCACCAGAAAACCCCAUAUCCACAACAAAUGAGACUUCUCUCAUCCUAGAAUGGAGCCCGCCCAGGGACAGUGGUGGCAGGAAUGAUCUUACCUACAACAUACACUGCCGCAUGUGCGUGGGGGACAACAGGAAGUGUAGCGUCUGUGGGAGCAGCCUUCGUUUCAUCCCCCAACAGUUUGGAUUAACGUACACCAAAGUCCUUGUUACAGAUCUGCUGCCUCAUACCAACUACACCUUCGAUCUUGAGGCUGUGAAUGGGGUAUCUGAGUUGAGCCCCAACCCAAAGCAGUAUGUCUCUGUCAAUGUCAUGACCAGCCAGGCAGUAAACGUGAUUGUGAAGGAGAGGAAAAGCAAGGAUAGCAUCACUCUUGCUUGGCAAGAACCAGACCGUGCCAAUGGUGUCAUUGUGGAAUACGAGAUUAUCUACUAUGAAAAGAACCAAAGGGACCAGAAUUACACCGUUUUAAAAACAAAGUCCAACAGUAUGACAGUAGAUGGGCUGAAACCAGGGACAACGUACGUGUUCCGGGUCAGAGCGCACACCAGCGGGGGACGUGGGACUUACGGUGGUGAAAUUGAGCUGGAGACCAGUCAAGAAGACAUGCUUGCUAUUGAUGAUCCAAACCAACCCACCAUCAUGGCUGUCUCUGUGGCUGGCGGGAUAGUCCUCCUGAUAUUCCUUGUUACUUGCUUUGUUGUUAGUGGAAGGCACUGUGGAUACAUCAAAGCAAAGCAAGACCCAGACGAGGAAAAAUUGCAGUUCCAUCAUGGGCAAGCCUGUGCUUCCAUAGUUAGGUUGCCUGGGAAUAGAACCUACAUUCAUCCACAUACCUACGAGGAUCCCAAUCAAGCCGUGCGAGACUUUGCAAAGGAAAUCGAUGCAUCCUGCAUUCGGAUUGAAAGAGUCAUAGGUGGUGGUGAAUUUGGGGAGGUUUGCAGUGGCUGCCUGAAGUUACCUGGGAAGAGAGAAAUCUAUGUCGCCAUCAAAAGCUUGAAAGCUGGUUAUUCGGAGAAGCAGCGCAGGGACUUCCUGAGCGAAGCCAGCAUCAUGGGACAGUUUGACAACCCCAACAUAAUCCGCCUCGAAGGAGUGGUUACAAAAUGCAAACCUGUAAUGAUAAUAACCGAGUACAUGGAAAAUGGAUCGCUCGACUCAUUUCUGAGGAAGCAUGAUGGACAAUACACAGUCAUUCAGCUGGUUGGAAUGCUCAGAGGAAUUGCCUCCGGGAUGAAAUAUCUUUCAGAUAUGAACUAUAUACACCGAGACCUGGCAGCCAGAAACAUACUAGUGAACAGCAACUUUGUCUGCAAGGUGUCCGAUUUUGGUUUGUCACGAGUGCUGGAGGACGACCCAGAAGCUGCCUAUACAACCAGGGGAGGAAAGAUCCCCAUCCGAUGGACAGCUCCAGAGGCCAUUGCCUAUCGCAAGUUCACUUCAGCCAGUGAUGUGUGGAGUUAUGGGAUUGUCAUGUGGGAAGUUAUGUCAUACGGAGAGCGGCCGUAUUGGGAAAUGUCCAAUCAGGAUGUGAUUAAAGCAAUUGAUGAAGGAUACCGCUUGCCGGCACCCAUGGAUUGUCCUGCUGUGCUUCACCAGUUGAUGUUAGAUUGCUGGCAGAAAGCACGCGGAGAUAGACCAAAGUUUGGCCAGAUUGUGAACAUUCUCGACAAGCUGAUACGAAAUCCCAGUUGUCUCAGAACGUUAGCCAAUGAUGCAGCUUGGUCAGGCAGCAUUUUGCAGGAUCCAUGCACUCCGGACACUUCCAAUAUCACAACAGUAGAUGAAUGGCUGGAUGGUAUCAAAAUGGGACAAUACAAAGAUAAUUUCUCAUCAGCUGGUUAUGGCACACUGGACACUGUUGUGUAUAUAAACAGCAGUGACCUCUGCAGAAUCGGAGUGACGUUAGCUGGGCAUCAGAAGCGGAUCCUCUGGAGCAUUCAGAACCUUUUCACCAUGGCCAACCAGAUACAUGGAACACACAUUCACGUAUAACAAAUUCACUGCAGCAAAACAGCGUGGUUGGACUGUGAGGUGAGAGAGAGAGAGGAGAAAAAAAACAAAGAAAGCUACUGAAUGCCCUGCUUCCUUCCUCCGAAUAACAGCUUCUUUAAUCACUAGUGAGGAGAGAACAGCCUUUCUUCAAAAACACACACCCGGCAUUCAUUCAGCAUGCAAUCGGCAAUCCUUGCGGCAAAGUAAUUAUCGGCACAUCUCAUUCAAGCUUUGCAAAUAAGAUAAGACCGUGUGGAAAAGUCAGUUUGAUUCAUUACAGAGAAAAAUGGUAGCUUCUUAAACAUAGAUUUGCUUUGCUCUACAGAUGAUGCUUUACAAUAGCCAUCAUGUCCUUUGUUUUCAAAAAAAAUCUGAAUCACUGUGGUUACUGUUAAAAAAAAAAGCAUUACUGGUUUGAGGGCAAUUACUAGCCCAGGAGCUGCUAAUCUAACAAGUCUUUCCUUGACUAUGUCUUUUCUAUGCCACACACAGAAUUGGGAGUAAGAUGUAGUUCCUGCCUUGAACAAAGCUUAAAAGAAUCCCCAUGGGCCAACUAAAUGAACCGAAGAUGGAAUCAGAUGCCCAUGCUGAAGUAGAUCAAAAUUUGGACUUAUUCAGGGCUUUGUUUUCUAAAUUAAGAUGAUGUCUUAAUUUUGUCAUAUUGAAGAUAAGUACGAGUGAAUGGAGUAGGAAACAAUAAGGUCGAAUUAACCGAGAAUUAUCGCUGUGCUAAUUCCAAGCACAGAUUUUAAAAAGGCAUAUUUAUGUUUGGUUGAACAUGCCCAAAUCUCAUGAAUUAAACAGCUUUCAUUAACUGAGCCAGGUGGAAGGCGAGUGCAUUGUUAACCACUAGUUACUAAAGAGGAACACCCAUCUUACAUGAUGAACACACAAUGAAACCAAUUUGGAAUUUAAAUCAAGAUCCAAACUUAAAUUAUAAAAUAGAGUUUGGAUUCCAGAUUCAUGAAAUGGAGGUCCUUCUCACUAAUCUGAGCUGAAUAGACUGGAACACAAAGUGGCCGAGGAGGGGGAGCCAUGAAAUUUUGCAAGCACGAGUCAGAAUCUGUUGAUGUACAGAUGUUGAAGAAACUAAAAGAAUAGUUUAGUAACUUUGGAUUUGAACUUUGAUUUUAUGUCACAAAAAAGUGAUUUCUCCAGAAAGAAAUCAACUUAUUUUGCUGUCAAUUGCAGCACCAGCAAUGCCAUUUGAUUGGAACACGAGACUUCAAAUGGUUUAUUUUAGUUUAGUUUAGAGAUACAGCAUGGAAACAGGCUUUUCGGCCUACAGAGUCUGCGCCAACCAGCGAUUCCCACGCAUUAACACUAUCCUAC